AUUAUAACAGGAUCCUAAACGCAAGGUCCAUAAACCUGUGAAAGGUGUUUUAAGACUGGAAAUUGAGAAGCACCAGACAUUUAGUGCGGAGCUGGAAAAUAUUUCAGAAAGUGCCAGCAUGACCAGUGAAUCUAUGGACCUAGGGGAUCAAGUUACUGAUGCAAUGUUCAUUAAGAGCCCCAAUAAUGGUUUUGAUGGGCCUCAGAGUAGCAAUUCCAAGUGGAUUCCUAAUGAUGAGAAAAAUGCAUCUGGAAAUGGAAACCGUCAUGGAAAUCCAGAUCUCAAUGUUGGUGAUGUAAGCAGAAUGCCUUUCUUGCAUUUGUAUUUCUUUUUAUAUUUUUGUUUCAUUUCAGUUGCUUAUUUGCAUGGCUGAUAGUAAACAACCUGGGAAUUUUUCUUGUGUUCUGUAAAUAUGGUUUGCCUAUUUCUUGAUUCAAUUUUGAACGGAUGAAUGCCUCAAUUGGCUUGGAGCGAAUUUAUCUAUCUAGUAUUGUAAUGGUGGCUAUAACCUUAGCACCGUAAGAUAUAUUAAGUCCAUAGACCAGAGAAUGAGUAAUUGAGGUGAGAGGUUUACAACAUGCAUCAUGGAAGCUGUUUGAGUUUUCUAAAUCAGUGUUAUUCUCCAUUAAUACUUUAGAUCAAAUUAUUUCUUGAAAAAGACAAAACGUCUUGUCUGAUCCGUUUUAGUUUCAUUUUUUGGUAGUUUUUCUUAUGCUGUUUUUCUGUUUUGGAUUUCAUGAUAGUAUUGGCUUUCCAUCUUUGGUAUAGCUGUUGGAAGCAAUGUCCAGAUGCUAAUUUUCUGUGCUCCAAAAGCAACCCUUAAUCAUCUUGCAAAUCAUCUCCUGUUAUCCCUUAGUUGAUGCAUGUGAAAGAGCAGGAGCAUUCUUUCUGUGCCUCUUGAUCCCAAUUCCAGUAUAUUGAUUGUGAAAUUAAUUGACUUCAACUAAAGGCUUCCACAUCGAAGAAGAUGUGAUAUAUCUACUCCACGUGGGAGACUUGAAGAAGACAUUCAUGGCCUAAGAUGUACAUUUCUUAGCUUAUCUUACUCUAAAGAGGCAGCGUUAUGCAAAAUCCU